GUACAAGACGAAUCUAUGAUCAUAAACAAAUCAUUGAAGCCCUGUUAUUGAAUUGAUUGAUACCCCCAUUAUAACUUUAGUUAGCAUAAAGAUGAAAGGCAAGCAAAUAAUUGCUAUUUGAUUCGAGCUUUACUUUAGAAAACUAAAGCAAGAUAUAAAUCUCCCACUGGAACAUCCUCCUUUUCACUGUGAAGAUAGGAAAAUCACACUGCUGGUUCUUGCUUGCAUCUGUUGCUUUUAUUGUUAUGUGUUGAGCAGUAGCAGCAACAGGCAGGUAGUAGAAGACAAAGAAAGCAGCGGCGGGAGCGAUGAACACCUUUUGUGAUUGUGAAGACUUUCGGUCCCCGACAACCAGUCACGCGUUUCUUCGUUUUUUCUUUUAAAACUAAAGCACAUUAAGAAAAAAAAGGAGAGAGAGCGAGAGCGCGAGACCAACCGACGCCGUUUGUUCUCUCCUUCUUUAUUAAUACUUCCUGGUGUUUAUUUUGCUUGGAGACAUGCAGUGAGAGCCAAACAGACUAACAAACAAACAAGAGGCGUCUGGACUGGAGAGCUAGAAAUGGUUUCUUUUAAGGAAAUCACCCUCAAAGUAACGGCUGUCUACAUGCAGCUCUCGAUCAUCGCCAUGAUCAUCAUCGUACAGGACUCAAAAGCCAGGGAGCUACGACCGUCUGACCACGGGCUUGAGUACCAGAGCAUGGCACCAACAGGGGUGAGAUUCCCACCUGACAUGAAGCAGUUCUUUGGAGCAUCUUCAGCGGCCACAAGUACGUCGUCGUCCGGGGUUGCAUUGCCGAAAGCAAUGAACUCGAACGACACCUCGUGGUGGAGAGCUGGUGGUGGUGGUGGUGGUGGAGGCGGCGGCGAUCGUGUGAGGCACGUGCUGUUGGUAGCAAGCUUGGUUUGUGGGGUCACGGGUUUGGCCUUGUUAGUUACUUCCGCUUUGAUUUUCUACUUUAUGAGGCACAAAAACCAGUCAUCGCCAUCAUCAUCAACUACCAGUAAUAACCAUAGGAGUAUUGUUGUAUAUGCAGGUAAGAAUUAACUAGUAGUAUUAAUUGUUGCUUAAGAUUUACGAGCGAGUGUUUUCUUUUUUUUGGAGGAGAAGAAAUGUUUACUUUGUUCUUUUUGCCUUUCAAAAACGACGUGUCGUGUUCAGUCUGAUGGGCAUCCACUCAGAACAAUAUUUACUGAGUUCCAGCU